AUGACAAGAGUACGAAAAGAACAAAAAACUACCGUGCAAAAUGAAGCAGAAGUCAAAAAAGGUCGUGGAAAAAAUGGUGGUGGACGAGGUCAUGGACGAGGUUGUGGACGAGGUCGUGGUUCAACCCAAGUGCUAAAGACUGCUGCGGAAUAUGAAGCUGAAGCUGAUCAUGAUAGUGAAAAGCAACCUUCUAAAUCAGACCUUAAUGUCAUUUCUAUUUCUGACGAUGAGUUAGAACCAGCAUUUGAUGAUACACCCAAUGAUUUAAGCAUUUCUGGGCCUUUCAAGUUAGAUUAUAGCACAAUUGCGGAUAAUUCUAAAAAGAUUUGUGAAGAUGAUCGUGAAAUAGAAACAGAAAGUGCAACUGCAAGUCGAUCGGCUAAAAGUAUGAAUAAAAAACGGGUUUUAUCCAUCAGUUCUACUAAAAAUAAGCGUCAACGAUCUCAAGAAAAUAUUACUGAUUUGCUUGAAGUCUCGGAAAGUGAUGAUGAUAAAGAAGAUAGAGGUGAUAGUGAUGAAUCUGCCGGAAGCUUAGAUGAGAAGUAUAGUGAAAGAUGGAGAAACCAACAAGACUUAACAUUGCAUGAUACAAGAAAAGACAAACCUAAAGCUUUAAAUGGAAUGAAAAAUAUUUUAGAAGUUUGCCAGUGGCUAAUAGAAAGACCGGAUGUAUUAGUAAUGGCAAAUCAGAUGUACAACGCUAUGAAUACAUCGUUAGAUUUGCAUCUUGUAAAUAACAUGAUGAUACCCACUGCACCAAUAUCAAAAGCCACUGCAGCUAUAUCUGCAAAUGAAGAAAAGGCACUUGCUCGGCUUUGGCAUGAGGAAAUUAAAUGUCUUUUUCUCAGAUGUAGGGCACCUCCAGAUGAUGCUAUUGAAAGUCUCGUAAAGACAAUAUUUAAUUAUGACCUCUAUAGUAAUAAUGCUGAAGAGGUCAUUUGCCACUCUAAAAGGACUCUAACAGAUUUUCGCAGUAAACUUAAUAAAAAGAUUGAUGCAAAGGUCCAUGAAUUCAGAGAAAUACGAGUAAAAAAAGGAAAAACUACUGCGCCAGCAAGAUCAGAAAUUGAAGAGUUUAUGACCUCCGAAGUUGUUGAGCAGAUAUUAUAUAGAUAUCUAACAGGCACUGACAAGACUAAGCUUAAAAAAUGCGGUACUUUGGAAAGACUUGUUCUAUUCGUCAGAGAAGAAUUUAAAAUACACUAUACUAAAUACGAUGUCAAAGCUAUUAAGGAGCUUGAUAACAUUACGAAGAAUUAUAAAGUGCCAAGUAGAUCCGGUAAAAACAUUGCCAUGAAGCUUUCAUUAGAAUAUUGA